UCCGUCUAGUUUAUCUUUCGCAAAUGGCGGCCAGAUCAACUUCCGCUCUCCUCCUCUUCUGUAUGCUAUAUUGCGUGUUCAUGUUGCUUGUCACCAAUGUAACAAAAGCAGAGGGUGGUAGACAAUUGCCAGUCUGCGGAAAUAAAGAAGGAUGCGGAGGCAUAUGGUGUAAAGAUGAAAAAAGACCAGGUAAAGGAAAAUGUAUCACUUGGACUUGUGACUUACAGGAAGAUUGUGAAAAGAUUGUCAUUUGCGGGGGUGGAUUACCAGGGCCUUUUUGUAUGGAAGGAUUAUGCACUUGUUAAAGAAAAACUCAUGUUUUUUUUAUAUGAAAGUAUUAAUGGAAUAAUAAGCUAAUAUUUGCGAAGUUCUG